UCUAAACAUGUCACAUGAAAGAACAGAUGCAUUUAAUCUCUCUGUACGAACAUUUGUGUUGUUCUAAACUGGUACUAUAACUAAGGAGAAACGAUUGGAUCUGAUCAAGACACCAAAAUCUUGGAGUGUUUUGAUGUCGAAAAACAGAAUAAAUACAUAUCUUAUAGAUUCUCUCUAAGAUAAUUAAGGUCACAGUAGGAAAACUUUACCCGAGUAUAAAUCUAUCUUAAGAACCAAUCUGUAAUUUCUCAAAGAUCACACACAAUUCUUGUUUCUUGUGGCUCAAGACAAACCUCUGUUUCUCUUCUUUGAUGCUUGGUUUCAACGAUGAUAUCACGAGCCCUCUUAGUGCUCAAAUCUUCGAUUUUUGUGAUCCACAACAGUUUGAAGAAACUUUCAAUCAAUCAUCUGAAGUCAACUCUGUUUCAAACAUUCUUGACAAAUCUGGGAGCUUCCAAGACACUAACACGACUACAACAACUGAGAACAGUAACACCAACAUGAACAACAUAUUUCAAGAUGAUGAAGAUGACAACAAUAACGCUGAUCUGUCCAUAGUUUUCGAUUCACGUGAUGAUUUUGAAAACGACAUAGCAGCUUCAAUCGAUUUCUCAUCAUCCCCUUUGCAAUAUCCACUUAUAGAUCAGCUCCUUACAACAACAAAUCAAGACCAGUUUGAUUUCUCAUCCGGAGCUCAGAUUGUUCAUCAGCUUCCUAACAUUCCACACUCUGGAGACAAUCUGGCUCUACCAGCGGUUUCUUCUAUAGCUCCUCCUUUAUUACCAUUAGGGGUUUUCGAAGAAGACUGUCUUUCUUCUGUCCCAAGUUACAAUCUUGGCUUAAACCCUAACCCUUGCUCUUUCUUUCGUACUUCCGGUUUACCGGCAUAUAUGAGCACCGGUUUAUUAUCUUCUGAUAAUAGUUCUAGUUUAUAUCCCGGACAUAUUCAUCUGGGACCAGAUUUCAACAAACCACGUGAUCAACUUAUGGAUUUUCAAACUGAUAAUGGUGGAUUAUUCUGUCCGGAUUCCAUCAAAGGCAUCUUUAAUCCAGGAGAUCUCCAGGUACUUAAUGGCGUCGAGAACCAAAGCCAAUUAGUGAUACCUCAAACUCAUCCAACAUUAGGACCGGUUGAGAUAACCGGUUUAGAAGAUUCCACGUUAAAUAAAGUUGUGAAACUCUCCCCUGAACAAAGAAAAGAGAGGAUCAAUAGGUACAUGAAGAAAAGAAACGAAAGGAAUUUCAGCAAAAAAAUCAAGUAUGCGUGUAGGAAAACAUUGGCUGAUAGUCGUCCAAGAGUUCGAGGAAGAUUUGCGAAGAAUGAUGAAUUUGGUGAACUAACUAAACAAGGUUCUUCAGGCCAUUAUGAUGAUGAAGACGGGGUGGGCUUAAAGGAUGAGGAACAAUUGGUAGAUUCUUCAGACAUUUUUGCACACAUUAGUGGACCCAAUUCCUUCAAGUGCAACUACUCAAUUCAGUCAUGGAUUUGAGUUUAAGUCUUAUUAUAAGAUUCAUGUUUAUAACAUGAAUCUUAUAUAGUUAUAUAUAACUAGUACUCCUAUAGAGUUAUUUCUUGUUACUUAAUUAGUAUAUGUGUUUUUGUAAUGCUGCCGCCAAAACAAAAUAACAAAAUAAAGAAAGAAAGAAUAAUGGGCCGCUUAAAUAGGUUUGGAUAAAUAAAACAGUUGUGAAGAAGGAUGUUUUUUCACUAAAAACAAUGAA